UCAGCACAGAAGACAUGUAUUCACAAAGACAUCCCAAACUCAGACUGGGUUUGUGUCUGUAAUAACACAUAUUGUGAUGAAUUGCCACCCAUUUCACGGCCAACAGCGCCGGGAGUUGUAUUAGUCUACGAGAGCAACAAAUCCGGCGAUCGGUUUAAGAGAAAUGAACUGAAUGUGAAUACAAAGGUGUCAUACAAUGGCACCAAACGGCAGACCAUUACUAUUGAUGAGACGCUGCACUACCAGAAGAUAUAUGGUUUCGGGGGUGCCUUCACAGACACCACAGGAAUGCUAUUGAAUUCAAUUAACUACUCGUUGGCCAUCAAUAUAAUCGACGGCUAUUUCUCGGGUAAUGGUAUUGAGUACUCGUUCGGAAGGGUUCCCAUCUCUGGCACCGACUAUUCUGUGCGNUAUUGUGAUGAAUUGCCACCCAUUUCACGGCCAACAGCGCCGGGAGUUGUAUUAGUCUACGAGAGCAACAAAUCCGGCGAUCGGUUUAAGAGAAGUGAACUGAAUGUCAAUACAAAGGUGUCAUACAAUGGCACCAAACGGCAGACCAUUACUAUUGAUGAGACGCUGCACUACCAGAAGAUAUAUGGUUUCGGGGGUGCCUUCACAGACACCACAGGAAUGCUAUUGAAUUCAAUUAACUACUCGUUGGCCAUCAAUAUAAUCGACGGCUAUUUCUCGGGUAAUGGUAUUGAGUACUCGUUCGGAAGGGUUCCCAUCUCUGGCACCGACUAUUCUGUGCGCCCCUACACUUACGAUGACUUUGCAAACGACACCGAUUUGACUCGUUUUUCAUUGCAAUACGAGGAUUACGUCUGGAAGAUACCAUACAUUAAAUUAGCCCAAAAGGCGAGUCCCCAUCGCAUCAAACUGAUCGCCACCUCUUGGAGCCCUCCCUCUUGGAUGAAGACCACGGAAAGGAUCAAAGUAUUCGCUCCUCUAAAAGGACAACCGGGCGGACAGUACUACCAAAUUCUGGCCAAUUAUUUAGUAAAAUUUCUAGAGGCGUACCGAGAGAAUGGGGUCACAUUAUGGGGCCUAACCGUGCAAAAUGAGCCAGUUCAGGACCACGGCAUCAAUGGACUCAAUAUGUCGGCCGAACAGGAAAGGGAUUUCAUAAAAUUACAUUUAGGACCGACACUACAGAGGGCCGGCUAUGGUAGGGAUAAACUAAAACUAUUGAUGUUUGACGACACGUCCCCUCAUUUGCGCGAAUACGUGGACACGAUUCUCGUGGACAGGGAGUCCGCCAAAUAUAUAUCGGGAAUAGCGAUGCACUGGUACUACAACCAAAUGAUGGGUCCCUUUCCCGACUUACUACUGGACUAUAUUUACCAGAAUUAUCCGGAAUUCUUUGUCAUCAAUACAGAGGCCUGUAGUCUGACGGGUGCUAUGAAUGGGAACUGGAUUUACGCCGAGAACUAUGCCUUUGAUAUCAUUAGAGAUAUGAACCAUUGGGUGAGGGGUUGGUUGGAGUGGAAUAUGGCUCUGGAUAUGAGGGGAGGGCCCACUUGGAUGCCUAAACACGGUUGCGGUGGACCCGUGUAUGUGGAUGUAGGGGCUGGUGAGGCGUACAAGCAGCCCACGUACUAUGCCCUUGCUCACUUCGCCAAAUUCAUUUCACCCGAUUCUGUGCGCAUAAGCCAUACAUUGAGCGAUAGGUCAGUGAAAGGGUUGUCCGUAUUGACUGCCAAACGGGUGGACAAUGGAGUGGUAGUGACGGCACUGAACAGUGCGGACGAAGACAUAGUAUUACAUAUGAAUGACACGACAAGUGGCCAACACUUCCAACACAUAAUUACCGCACAUUCCAUACAAUCGUAUAUUUGGUGG